CUCUUUCUGAUUUUUCUUUAUAUAAUGUGCAGGUUUCAUCUCAUUCACUUAAAUCCAAAUUAAACUAUUUCACCACUCAACCAUUUUAGUUUCUGUCAUUAAUCUUAGAUUCUUCUAUGGAACCAACGUGCGUCGAUACUUCUCUCAACCUUAACGUUAUUCCUUCUCAACACAUGAAUGUCGCGGCUGAGAUUUUAGUUGAAGAGUUGCAGCGUCUAAGUUGUGAGAACAAGAGGUUAACUGAGACGCUGAACCACAUGUGGGAGAACUAUCUUGCUUUGCAAAAGCAUUUGAGUGAAUUCAGCCAACUGAGGAACACAAAUUUUGAAGAAGAAGCGACACCAUCGCGGAAGAGAAAGGUCGAGAGUGAGAAUGGUAUCAAUCUGUUUGGUAAUGAGUGCGAGGAGGAGACAUUAUUCAAAAGGCCUAAACAUAACACCUCGCCAAAGGUUUCCAAGGUUCUUGUUCGAACAGAAGCAUCUGAUACCAGUUUAUAUGUGAGCGAUGGAUAUCAUUGGAGAAAAUAUGGUCAGAAAGUCACUAGAGAUAACCCCUCUCCUAGGGCUUACUUUAAGUGCUCCUUUGCCCCAAGCUGCCCAGUGAAGAAGAAGGUGCAAAGAAGUGUAGAAGACCAAAGUGUAUUGGUGGCAACUUACGAAGGAGAGCACAACCAUGCACAUCAACAAGCGGAAAUAUCAUUGAGUUCAAGCCAAAGUGAAACCAUUGAAGGUUCAGUUCCUGCUUCCUCACCCUCACUUUCACCCAUCAUGAAUCGUAGUGCAGCUGGUCCAACGGUAACGCUUGACUUGGUCCAGUCAAGAUCGGUUGAUAAUGCGCAAAAGUCAUCUAUCCACCAACAGUUUUUAGUUCAACAAAUGGCUACUUCUUUGACAAGAGAUCCUAAUUUCACAGCAGCACUUGCUACUGCCAUUUCAGGAACAUUUCUAAACCACACUUCUACGGAAGAACGGUGAAUUAUUAACAGUUGUAUUGCAUAGAACAUGGGUUUUGUUAUUUUGCUUGGUUGUUAGUUUUAUAUACAACAUGAGAGUAUGGACAUAUAGAUGCAGCAUGUGGCUAUCCGAUAUAUACAAUCUAUAUAUUUAUAAUCAUACAA